CCGUGCAGUUUCCCUGGCUGUGAGAAGGUCAGCCUCGACAGGGAGCGUUUCUGCAGGCCGCACACGUCCUCCAUCAAGGCGGCGUGGGAGGACGCCAAGCGCCAGGGCCCGAAGUCGCUGGGCGAGUUCCAGGAGCUGAGGAAGAAGGGCGGGGACAAGUGGAUUGCCUACCUCAAGUCUUACAUCGCCGCGUGCACG